AUGUGGUCCACCAGCGUGCAGCAAGAGUUUCUGGCGGAUCAGCGCAAUGCGGCGCUGCAUACGCCAUCUGACAAUGGGCGAGCGAUGGGCUCGGAUACGUCCGCACUCCCAGACCCGGCUACGUUAUCUCGACCUGUAAAUCGGCAAGAUCCGCAGGCUACUCAACCGGACUCAGGGGCAGCAGGGGUAACUACAGGCAGUGGUGAUGUACCACUAACUGAGGCAGAGAAGGCGCAAUUGGCUCAGGCCCAAGGAGAGGAUGCCAUGAGGCAACGAAUCAGGCAGGAGGCGCGUAUUCUGAUGGCGGAAGAAGCUGCUCGGUUUCGAACGGAGCGUCUCGCGGCAGAAAGCGCGUCUGGCUCGUCAACGAAGGGAUCAGCCACGGCGAGCUCAACCUCAGGAUCAGCGCGAUCUUUGAAUGGGGUGCCCCUGGCUUCUAGGGCGUCACGGGCGAUUGACCUAGCGGCUUCGGGCGAUUAA